UUGAGUCAGCGGAAGCGAACGUCGUCGUCGGAGUAGCAGCAGCAACGCCGCAGCAACAUCGCAGCAACAUCGCAGCAGCAACAUUCGUCGUGUGUGCCGCCAGUUUCGGUUAAAAACUGCAAAUGCAAAGAGACAGGUUGCCUGCCGGAUUUAAGUUGCAGCCCAUUUCGUAACAGUUAUAAAGUGUGUGUGCAUAGUUUAAGCCAUUGCGAAACCAGUGUUCACUAAAGUGGGAAAAAAAUAUCAAACAAACCAGCGACAUUUGCGGCCCGAAAAACACGUAGAUUAAUUGAUUUAUGCCUGUGACCUUUGCACAGCACACCUGUUGCUUUCGUGCCGAAAGGAGCUGGAUACGGCAUUUAUAUAAGAUGCUUUGAAUGUUUGAGGCAAGAUAAAUGAAGUACCAAUGAUCAUGCAGGAUAUACGCCUACGCCUGGAACCACAGCACAGUAAAGCCACAUUCAUAUCCUCCUCCUCGGCCUCAUCGUCCUCCUCCCAAACAGCUGAGACCACGCUGAUUGAGACAGCUGAGAAGUCGCCAGCCAGUGAAGCAGCUGCUGGAGCAGUGACAACGACAUCGCCGCAGCAUUACUUUCAUCAUCAUCAUCCGCCGGCGCAUCCGCAUCCGCAGCCCCAGCCCCGCCAGCAGCCGCAUCCGCAUAGCCACUCGCAUCCGCAACUCCAGCGACGCCCGGUGGAGCAGCUGCAUCUGCUGCAUAGCCACCACGAUGUCCAGGAGCUGUCCGGACAGGAGCAUCCACAUCCGCAUCCGCAUCCCCACCAUCUGCGCUCGCCCAGCUCCGAGGAGGAUAAUUCGCCCACAGAAAUGAAUAAUUGCCGUCGUUUGGUGGAUAAGCCGCCGCUGGUGAAACGCCUGACCAUGGGCAUUGGACUGCUGCGGGGCACCGAGGACAGCCGCCCUCUGAUGCACAGCACAUGCGGCUCCUCGCUGACCUCCGGAUCCGGCUGUGGGUCCACUCAGACCAUCUCCGAUGGCUAUGUGAACGAGGCCAUCUGCGAGCCGGACAAGUACGUGGCCAGCAAGUUCGGCGACUCCUGCCGCCAGUCACUGUCCGCACUGGAGAGUGCCACCCAGCGGCUGCAGGUGGAGCUGCCCGCCGCUAGCAAGAAGUAUCUGAGGGAGACGUGCAGCGCCAACUCCAGUCCGAAAAUGUUUCCCGGCCACGGUGCCCUGCGCCUGGAUAAUCUCAGCCUAUCCGAGCAGCAGGAGCUUAAGGGGGCCGCCUGGUUUCAGGCGGGCAUUCCCCGGGAAAUAUCCCUGGAGGUCCUGUCCCGACAGAGUCCAGGUGCGUUUCUGGUGCGCCAGAGCAGCACGAAGCCGGGCUGUUUCGCCCUUUCGCUGCGAGUGCCACCUCCUUCACCGCGAGUGGCCCACUAUCUGAUCCUGAGGACGCAAAGGGGCUACAAGAUUAAGGGCUUCACCAAGGAGUUCAGCUCACUGAAGGCGCUGAUCACGCACCACUCGGUGAUGCCGGAACUGCUGCCCGUGCCGCUGACCCUGCCACGCCCACCCAGCACCCGAUCACAGCGAUCGCAGGGCGCCUACGGCGGCGGAACCGGAAACGGGGCAGCGGACUUCGAGAUGUACGGCUCGCUGAACGACUUUCGCAAAAUGAUGGCCGAUUUGAAUGUGUGACCGCUGGGCGCUCCUAAUUAAUUAAGUAAUUAUGUCACGUUGAUUGAAUUAAGCUGCCCGGCUUGUCACAUUGUCCUGUGUCCUCUGUCGCGACAGGAUAACAAUCUGUUUAAUUUGCGUAAUUGGCUGUGCUGACGACGGUUGACGUGGCUACCAAUAAAUAGGGUCCAUGUCCAUGUGUACUCGGGCCGGCAAAGGCCCACCUGUCCGACAGGUGCUGCAAAAAGUGCA